AUGGCUGAGGAGGAACAUUCCAUAGCUGGCCUCUCACAAGCACUGCAAGGUCUGACAGCUAAGGACUUCCAGGAGUUUAAGACGAAGCUAUGGGAGGUUCAGGUGGAAGGAGGAUGGAAUAUCCCAAAGGAUUUGCUGGAGAAAGCCACUCAGCCCUGCACACUCGCCAGCUGCAUGGGCAGGAACUACGGCGAAGAAGCUGCCAUGGACGUAGCGAUUGGGGUGUUGGAAGAGAUCAACCAGAGAGACCUGGCUGAGGAACUCCUGGAUGAAAAGGUGAAAGAGUACAAGCAGAGAUACAGAGAGCACGUGGUCCAGAAGUUCCUCUGGUACAAAGAAGUGGACUCCUGUCCCGGGGAGAAGCUGUCCAUCAGCAGCCGCUACACCACCCUGAGCAUCGCCAGGAAGCCGUGGAGGAAGCAUGGAGGUGAGCAUGAAGCUGUGGCCAGAAGCCAUGGAUGUGCCAACACCAGCAAUGGACCAGCCUCCACCAUGGUCACAGCACAGACAUUGUUCAAACCCAAUGAAGAUGGACAAACACCACAGGUCGUGGUGCUGGUGGGGGCACCGGGGAUGGGGAAGACGAUGACGGUCAGGAAGGUGAUGGUGGAGUGGGCAGAAGGGAUCCUCUACAAGCAGUUUGACUACAUCUUCUGCAUAGACUGUAAAGAUCUCACCUUGACCAAGGAAGUGAGCAUGGUAGACCUGGUUUCAAAGUGCUGCCCUCACAGGAGAACACCUGGGAAGGUCCUGGAUGACCAGAAGAAGAUCCUAUUCAUUUUUGAUGGCUUUGAGGCCCUGGGAUUUUCCCUGAUUCAGUCCAAAGAUGAGCUGAGCUCUGACCCCAGGGAAGUGAAGCCACUGGAAACUGUCAUGAUGAGCUUGCUGAAGAAGACUGUCCUCCCUGAAUCUUCCUUGCUCAUCACCACGAGGCCAACAGCUCUUCAAAGCCUGGAGAGAUGCCUGGAGGGUGAGUGUCAGGCUGAAAUAUUGGGAUUUCCUGCAGCCAGCAGGCAGGAAUUUUUCCAUAGGUACUUUGAGAACAACAAUGAAGCUGCUGUGGCCUUCACGUUUGCCAGGGGCAACGAGGUCCUCUACAGCUUGUGCUGCAUCCCCAUCGUGAGCUGGAUGGUCUGCACCAUUCUUGAAGGAGAGCUUUACAAGAAGAAAAACCUCAUUGAGUGCUCCAAAACCACCACACAGGUGACCAUGUCCUACCUCUCCUGGUUAAUGAAGUGCAGAGGCAGAGACAACCUGCAGGACCUCCAGCGCUUCCUGCUCAAGCUUUGCUCCUUGGCUGCUGACGGCAUCUGGAAGCACAAAGUCCAGUUUGAGGAGAAGGAAAUCAAGGAGCAUGGCUUGGACCAGUCAGACCUUCUCCCCCUCUUCCUCAAUGAGAAGGUCUCAAAGAAAAGUGUAGAGCAUGGGAAUGUCUACAGCUUCACCCACCUGCACCUGCAGGAGUUUUUUGCAGCGAUGUUCUAUGUUCUGGAGGAUGAGGAGGAAACAAUCAAGCACUCAGGGGCUCUCUGGAAGGACCUAAAUGUGGUGUUAGAAAACUACAGCAAGUCCAGGAAGGAUCUGAACUUCAUGGUGAGGUUCCUGUUUGGUCUGGAAAGCCAAAAAUCGAUAGAAUAUGCAGAUGAAGCCAUCGGGUGCAGAAUAUCACCACGAGCCAGGGGAAAUAUGCUGAGGUGGCUUCAGAUGAGGCAUGGAGGCAUCUCCCAGCCUGGCCAAGUGCUGAAGGUCUCAGAGUUGGACACUUUCCACUUUUUGUUCGAGAUGAACGAGAAGAGCUUCACAAGAAGUGCAUUGGGUGGCUUCACUGACAUUGACUUGCAGAACAUCAGGUUGACCUUCUAUGACCAAAUGGCUCUUUCCUUCUGCAUCAGGCAGUGGGAUGAGCUGGGCUGUCUCACCCUCCGGGGAUGCUCCUUCGAGCUGCAGGAUCCCAGGGAGGAGCCCCUCAGGGUUCUGUCUCCCUGCAGCUCUGUUGCCUCAGGAGCUGGAGAACAUCCCUGCCCCCAUGAGGAACGACAUGCCCCCAUCCAGCCUCUCUGCAGGGCUCUGCAGCACCCAGGCAGCCACCUGCAGGUGCUCCGGCUGCGGUGGUGCCGGCUGGCCGAGAGCUGCUGCGCAGAGCUGGGGGUGCUGCUGGCCCAACACCCCAGUCUGACCCAGCUGGAACUGGGAGAUGGGGCUCUGGGUGAUGCUGGUGUGAGGCUGCUCUGCCAGGGGCUGCGGCAGCCCAGCUGCCACCUGCGUGUCCUGCGGCUGUGGUACUCCUGCCUCACCGGUGCCUGCUGCCAGGACCUCGCCGCCGUGCUGGCCAGCAGCCCAUGCCUGGAGGAGUUGGAUCUGUGCUUCAGCGAGGGGCUGCGGGACGCUGGGGUGCAUCUGCUGUGCCAGGGGCUGCAGCACCCCAGCUGCCAGCUGCGGACCCUGCGGCUGGGGAGCUGCCGGCUGACCGGUGCCUGCUGCCGAGAUCUGGCUGCUCGGCUGCUGGACAACCCUCACCUCACCUGCCUGGACCUGAGUGACAAUGAGCUGGGAUCUGAUGGUGUCCUGCAGCUCUGCCAGCAGCUCCAGCAUCCUGCUUGCCAGCUGCAGGUCCUGGGCCUGAGCACCUCUGGGCUGGACAAGGAAGUGCUGCAGGAAUUGGCUGCCCUCAGGACACUGAAGCCCCACCUGAAGAUCAGGGACCUCCUGGAGCAGGACACGCCAGAGACAGGGGCCAUGGCACGGCUGCCCUUCCACCGUGGGGUCCUGCUGGGGGGCAGAAAGGGGCUCCCCUCCUUUAGGAGAGCUCCUCACCUUCAGGAGAGGUCCACACCUUCAGGAGAAGUCUCCUUUAGCAGAGGUCCUCACCUCUAG